AUGUUCAAACAUUCAGUCACAAAAAGAUCAUUAGUUACCUUAGCUAAGGAAACAAUCAUCCCCAAAAAAUAUGGAGGUCGUUUCACUGUAACGUUAUUACCAGGAGAUGGUGUUGGUAAAGAAAUUACAGAUUCAGUAGUGUCCAUCUUCAAGUCCGAAAACGUGCCAAUCGAUUGGGAAACAGUUGAUAUUUCAGGAUUAGACCAUACUGAAGGUGUCAAAGCUGCUGUAGAUUCAUUGAAAAGGAACAAAAUUGGGUUGAAGGGAAUUUGGCAUACUCCUGCUGACCAAGUGGGUCAUGGGUCUUUGAAUGUCGCAUUUAGGAAACAAUUGGAUAUUUAUGCUAAUGUGGCCAUUUUCAAAUCUAUAGAAGGGGUUAAGACUAAGAUUCCAAACGUAGAUCUUGUUGUCAUCAGAGAAAAUACUGAAGGUGAAUAUUCUGGGUUGGAACAUGAAUCUGUCCCCGGUGUAGUGGAAUCUUUGAAAAUCAUUACAAAGAGUAAGAGUGAAAGAAUUGCUCGAUUUGCAUUUGAUUUUGCCAAGAGAAAUAAUAGAAAAUCUGUCACUGCUGUACAUAAGGCUAAUAUUAUGAAACUAAGUGAUGGUUUAUUUAGAAAUACCGUUAGUAAAAUUGGUGAAGAAGAAUACCCAGAAAUCCAAACUUCUUCCAUCAUCGUCGAUAAUGCAUCCAUGCAAGCUGUAGCUAAACCUCAUCAAUUUGAUGUUAUGGUGACACCUUCCAUGUAUGGAACUAUAGUCGGAAAUAUUGGUGCUGCCUUAAUUGGUGGUCCUGGUCUUGUUCCAGGGGUGAAUUAUGGUAGAGAUUAUGCUGUGUUUGAACCUGGUUCCAGACAUGUUGGUUUAGAUAUUAAGGGUCAAAAUGUUGCAAAUCCCACUGCAAUGUUAUUAUCUGCCACCUUGUUGUUAGAUCAUUUAGGUUUAGAAAAGUCUGCAAACAGAAUCAAAUCAGCUGUAUAUGACGUCAUUGCGGAAGGUAAAGCUACGACGCAAGAUAUCGGUGGAUCUGCAUCAACUACAGAAUUUACUCAAGCUGUCAUUAACAAACUGGCAAGAUUAUAA